AUUUGGCAAGUUCUAAUUUGGGAGGAAAGAUCAUUGAAUGCAGUGAUGAAUUUUUCGCUGAAGCCUCUAAUUUACUUAAACCAUACAAACCUGUCAGAAAACCUGGAAAAUAUACCGAACGUGGAUCAUGGAUGGACGGAUGGGAGUCUAAAAGGCACAACCCCUCUCACGAUUGGGUCGUGAUUAAGUUGGGCUUCGAAGGUCAUAUAACAGGAUUUGAUAUCGAUACUUCAUAUUUUGAAGGAAAUCAAGCUCCUUUAGCUGAUGUUGAAGCUUGUUAUUCUCCUCAUCAUGAUCAUGGCAAUAACACUAAUUGGCAUAAAAUUUUGCCCAAAAUUGAUUUAGGUCCAAAUUCUCAACAUUUUUUUGAGAUACAAAGAACUACCAUGAAAUUUACUCACGUUAGAUUAAAUAUUUAUCCCGAUGGUGGUGUCGCACGAUUUAGAGUUUAUGGAAUCGUAAGCGCAAGAUGGCCAAAAGAUCUCUCAACACCAGUAGACUUGGCCUACGCGGGUAACGAAGGUCGAAUAAUCUCUUACAGUGAUCAGCAUUACGGAAAAUCGGAAAAUAUUUUAUUGCCAGGUCGUGGAAAGGACAUGAGCGACGGAUGGGAAACACGACGUUCUCGUCAACCUGAUCACAAAGAUUGGAUAAUAAUCAAAUUGGGAUGUCCAGGUUAUUUGGAAAAAACUGAAGUGGAUACAGCAUUCUUUAAAGGGAAUUAUCCCGAUCGUGUAUUACUUGAAGGUUGUUUUUGUAAUAAAGAUGUGCUUUUAGAGGAUGGUGGUUCAAAUGUGGAUUGGGAUAUUAUUUUAGAAAAAAAUAAACUUGGACCUCAUAAGCAACAUUAUUUUGACUUGAAGAAGAAAAAUAAAAAAUUUUCGCACGUUAAAAUGACGAUAUUUCCUGAUGGUGGAGUUAAACGAUUGAGAAUUAUUGGGAGAAGAGAACUAAAUGACAAAGUGGAUGAUUAUGUUGUAAAUAGCGAAUUAUCCGAGACGACUCAUUCAUCAGUAGUACAUAUCGUAGCCACACCAUUAACUUAUGCCUCCUUUUCACCAUACGGAAAUAUAAUUCAAUCAUUUCCUGAACAAACUUCUACUCAAAAUUCCAUUUCAAUAACUCAUGGUAUUAAAGUAACGUCUGCUAAUCAAGGGACCGCACGUAAAUACAAUCAUGUUGCUUCCAUCAUAAAUUAUCGCCAAUCAAAUAUUCUACUUAACAAAGAUCAAUCGAGUGAUAAAACGCGUGUAAUUGCUAAAGCUGUGCCUAAUUUAAGUCUAUAUAAAUGCUCGCCUGUAAAAUCGCUUCCGUUUAUUGUACGUUUAUUAGAAAGACAUCCCUAUUCGUCACAAACGUUUGUACCUAUGAGUGAUGGUAAAGUUAAAGGAUAUUUGGUUGUGGUAUGUCUAAAUAAUGACGCUGGUAAACCAGAUUUGAGCACUCUUAAAGCAUUCGCUGCGUCAAGCACCCAAGGAAUUAAUUAUCAUCCCGGUAUUUGGCAUCAUCCUAUGAUUGCUUUAGAAAAUACUAUGGAAUUUGCAUGUUUAACGCAUGAAUCAGGAAUCACCAAUGAAGAUUGUGAAGAAAUUGAAUUUGAGGAAAAAGAUUUUGUCGCAGUUGAUGUUCCAGGAUUUCACUAA